CUCCCCUGCAGAGCACACACAGCCCGGGACUCGCACCAGCGGCUCCGAGGCGGGCGGGCGGGCGGGCGAGCCCCUGCUGGCCGCCUCGCCCCGCUGCCCGGCCCCCCCGGCUGUGCCCACCCCCGCCGAGGAUGAGGCGGCCGCCGCGGCGGCUGGCGCUGUCGGUGCUGGGGGUGCUCUGGCUCGCCGCCCUCCUCCUCCUCUUCCUCGGGGCCCGGAGGAAGUUGGAGGCGGCGGGGGCCGAGGGGCGCGCGCCGGAGGGCUCGGACGUGGACUGGGACGACCUUUGGGAUCAGUUUGAAGAGCGGAGGUACCUGAGCGCCCGCAGGUGGAAGGGCGGCGAGGACCCGUACCGGCUCCAUGCCUUUAACCAGCGGGAGAGCGAGAGGAUCCCCAGUGACCGUGCCGUCCGUGACACCCGCCACCACAGGUGUACGACUUUGCACUAUCGCCAGGACCUCCCGCCAACCAGCAUCAUCAUCACCUUCCACAAUGAGGCCAGGUCUACCCUGCUAAGGACAAUUCGGAGCGUGCUAAACCGCACCCCAGUGCAUCUCGUCCAUGAAAUCAUACUAGUGGAUGACUUCAGUGAUGAUCCCGAUGACUGCCGCUUGCUGGGCAAGCUCCCCAAGGUGAAGUGCUUGCGGAACGGACGGCGAGAAGGUCUGAUCCGGUCCCGAAUCCGAGGGGCAGAUGUGGCACAAGCAGGAGUCCUGACCUUCCUCGACAGUCACUGUGAGGUGAAUAAGGACUGGCUGCUCCCUCUGCUGCAGCGGAUCAAAGAGGAUCCCACCCGAGUAGUCAGCCCCGUUAUUGACAUCAUCAACUUGGACACUUUUGCCUAUGUGGCGGCUUCCUCGGACCUCAGAGGAGGUUUUGACUGGAGUCUGCAUUUCAAAUGGGAGCAGCUUUCCCCAGAGCAGAAAGCCAAACGACUCGAUCCCACCGAACCCAUUAAGACUCCCAUCAUUGCUGGGGGGCUGUUUGUGAUCGACAAAGCCUGGUUCAACCAGCUGGGGAAGUACGACAGUGCCAUGGACAUCUGGGGUGGGGAGAACUUUGAAAUCUCUUUCCGUGUGUGGAUGUGUGGAGGGAGCCUGGAAAUCAUCCCCUGCAGCCGUGUUGGACAUGUCUUCCGGAAGAAACAUCCGUACAUCUUUCCAGAGGGAAAUGCCAAUACCUAUAUUAAGAACACCAAGCGCACCGCGGAGGUGUGGAUGGAUGAAUUCAAGCAAUACUACUAUGCGGCUCGUCCCGCAGCCCAGGGGAGACCUUAUGGAAAUGUCCAGAGCAGAGUGGAGCUACGGAAGAGGUUGAAAUGCCGCAGCUUCAAGUGGUACCUGGAAAACGUUUAUCCCGAACUUCGGAUUCCCGAGGAAUCGCUCUAUCAGACUGGGAUGAUCAGGCAAAGGCAGAGCUGUCUGGAGUCACACAAGUCUGAGGCCCAAGAGUUCCCCAUCCUGAGCUUAAAUCCUUGUAUCAGCAGCAAAGGCACGGCAGCAACGGCACAGGAAUGGACGUACACGUACAACCACCAGGUCCGCCAGCAGCAGCUGUGCUUGUCUGUGUACACCCUCUUCCCCGGUUCCCAGGUGCUGCUGUCACCUUGCAAAGAAAGUGACAACAAGCAGCGAUGGGGUAAAGUUGGGUCACACAUUGAACACAUAGCUUCACGCUUCUGUUUGGACACUGAGACGAUUGGGGACACGAAUGAGAGUACCAAAGAGCUUGUCAUCAACCCUUGUGAGAGCACAGCCAUGAGUCAACGCUGGGACAUGGUGAUGUCUUGACCUGCUGGAGGACUUAUGCAGUAGGGAUGGGCACUGAGACAUUGCUACAUGCAGCCAAGGUGCACCUGAUGGAGCUCAAAUGCAAAACCAUUGGUGGUCCUUGAGUACUAUGGGACAGGAGAAGAAUCAUUCAAAUAUAAAUAAGGACAUGGUGCUCCGGGUUGAACAACGGAUGUUAUCUGCAAAACAUGCAGGUGGGGUUGGCCUGUUGGUGGUAAUACAUUCAAAGAGAAGGGAUGGCAAAAAAACCAAACUUGAAAUGUUUUAGAGGGAUACCGGUGCUCCUGCAGUGGGCCCUACAGAACUUCAUUGUGCUCAGUAUUGAUUAAUCUCUCUGGAAACAGAGGAAGAAGAACCUUGGAGACCAAAAGGAGACUUGGACUUGGAAAAACAAACAUCUCAAUAGCUUUUGGGGGGUGAGGUGGGUGUGCAAGGAGGCAUGUGCCAAGGGAUGCUAAGAAACAUCGCCUGGGAUCAAGUGGAAAACACUGAAUUAUCUUUGCACUUUCAAUUGCUGUGGAUGACUUUGCUGCAGACAGGAUGGGUGGAGCCAUGUUGCACAUUCGAAUUUCUAUCUGGUCCACGUACAAGUUCUGUAUAUGGGGGCAGGGCAGUCAUUUAUGGCUGUGGCCAGGAUCAAACCGGCCAGUAAUGGGGUAACCCUGCUCUAUGCUGACUGCACAUGGGGGCUGUUGAAUGUCCAAAGUCCAAACAAAGAAAGGAUUUGGGGUGUGAGAUUAAAGGAUAUAAACUGCUGUGAAACUGGGAGGAAAGUCAGUAACAUGAUUAUUUCUCCUCCCUGAAGGCCAUGGGUGAGCCUCGGUCACUGAAAACUCCCCUAUAAUCUCACUAUGUGUCUCUCACUGCUUCAGAUCUGGACUAAGUCAAAUUUUCACUUUUCUUCCAUAAAAGUAAUAUUUUUGGUAAUUGAAGGUAAUUGUGUCAUAUUUCUGUUUCCCAAUUCCCCGCUACGGAAGAGGGGACUCCCAUGAAGUGCUACUGUGGAAGGAACAGAGGUAAUUGAAACUAGAAACUGCUCUGAGAAAGGAAAAGGGAUUUACCUGGGUCUGCUCCCCAGGUGUCUUGUAGCUCAAGAUGUGAAGUACCAGAGAAAAGGUUUGGGAUUCCCCCAGUCACACCUAUGAGCUGGCAACCCUGGGUCACAAAGCACCUUUCUCCCAAAGUAAUUUAGCAUAGGCAGACUUAGCAGAAAUGAUUUCUUCAGCUUUUGGAGACAAGUCAUUAACCAGAGGUCAUGUCAGGUGGUAUCACUAUGUGGGAAUGAAGUGGCGGCCAAAGGGGAAUAGGACAGAAGAUCUCAGAAGGGAUCUUAGAAAUGGAAGACCGGAAGGUCCUUUCCAGCCUGUCUUUCAAAGCAGCUCCCACUGCAGCAACAGGUAACAGGCAGUGAAUCACCAGGAGCUGUGCGCACAGCUCUUGUGCAGUAACAGCUCUGGAAAAGAACUUUCACAGGACCGUCAAUGUGAUUUGAAAAAAACCAUAGUUUGUGUUUCUCUGAAUGGUAGGGUUUAAUGAAAAUCCUAUCCUUUGUUUCCUGGGCUGCAAACUAUAAGUAAAAUAGCAUAAGCUUUGAGCCUUCAAGUGCUCUCAGCAUCCCUUCUUGAAUAAAUUGCUGGCUUUCAGGAUUUUACUGCCUCAGUUUCUCUUCCCUCACUGCUGGAAGAAAGUUGUAUGUGUAAUCUCCCUGGCUUAGAGGCAGAACAGUGUAACUUACAAAAGGUUGCAGGUUAUAAAUGCUUUCCCUGUGCUGCAGUGAUUACUAACUUCAUCAGGCUCCCUUGGUGCAGACCUCAGGGGCUUCUGUUAUGACAGGGCUGGAGCAAGCUGUCAUUUUGUGGUGGGAGAUGGCAUUGUUUCCAUGUCACAGCUUUGCCCAGGAAACAAAGGGAAGCACUUAAAAUGGAAUGGACCCAUUUCACAGAGAAGGGUAAUGACCUUGGGCUCCUUCUAUUUCAUUGAAUUGGGGAAAUAUCACAGCUACUUUUCACACCGGUGAUGACAGGCAAGUGGUAGUAAUUCCCUGUCUAGUGCUUGCAAGGGAAAGCAGCUCCAAAGAGCUUGAAACUUAAUGUAUUCACAUCUGCAUUGUGCCUACAGCCCGGGACUGCCUAGCUGCUGGCACUUCGAUUCUGAAAAUUCAGAGACAAACAACUUGGCAUCAGUUUUUAAGUCCGUCACCUGGCAGGUACACUCUGAGCCAGAUCUCAGACCUAUCUAGCUUCAUGAUUUUCCACCACAGCCAAAAAUACCUGUUCUGCUGACAACCAAAGCUCUCUAAACAGGUAACGCUCUACUUUGCCUUAGCAGAAACAGCUACCUCACUACACCUGGGUGUGCUUGAGCACACAGACCCGCGGGAUCUGCAGGGAUGUAUUCCACUAAGAAGUCGUUUGAGCAGCUUUUCAGGUCUCUGCCUUUGUGAAACCCAAACGCUAUACCAAACCCCUCCUAUUCCAAAACACCCGCGAAGGUGAUCACUGUGAACUUGUUUGGGGGCAGUGGAAGGCAGGCAGUGGGGCAGGUGACAUCAAGCGCGGUAUGCCCCACCAGUGAGUAGCAUCCUUAGCUAGGUCUCUUGCAGGCCCAAAAGCCACCGAGUACCCAACAGACCUGGGGAGCAGCAGCCACUCAGCGAACUGGUGAUUGUGUCUCAUGUAUCCAUCGGCUGUAAGCCUUAAACUGCAGCUUAUUUCACAGUCCAAGAAAUAAGAUUAGCCCUGUGGAUCUGCAAUGUUUUUGGAGAAGCAAGAGAGUAUCAGCCUGACUCCUGGGAAGCUUUACGUAAGCAGGCAAUGGCCUGGCAGUCUCCAGCGCUAGCCCCAGUAUGGCAUUUAGCAAAUCUUCUACUUAGCAUCCCUGCAAAGAGACCUUGCAUUGUGUCAGGGGGAGGGUUAACUGCUGCUGAAACCCAGCUCAUACCUUCAGGUUUAUUUCAUUUAUUAAAGUACACUGGAGACAGAUGAA